AUGCCAACUCCUCAUAGAGCCCUCUUUCGUCCGAUCGAAAUCGAAGGCCACGCCAACAAAGGCGCGGAGAACCAAAAGGCAAGCAAUGGCAGUUGCAGUGGUGGUGUCCAAGGCGUUGUUCCUGAAAACGCCUUUGAUGAAAACGCGCAAGAGGAUGAAGCGGUGGCACCGAGUGAUGAUGACUAA